AUCAUAACAUCAACAUUAGACAAUAGGUCAUCUGUUAGCCACGCUGAAAGGAUAAUGAAGUUGGCUGACAACGCGAAGAGUUGUGUUAGAAAUUUAGAUCCGUCAAACGAGCUAAUUGUUUUACGGAUGGGUACUAAAAAACGAGAGGUACUGGUGAAACCUGGUAAAGAUUUCAUAAUGACCGUUCUUCAGAAACAAAAUUUUAAAUCUUUUAUGAGAAGUAUAAUAGCAAACUCUCAAUAAUGCAUUAUUAAAUUGAUUGUAAUAAAACAAAAAUGUUAUUAUGUACCUAAUUAUAAAUUUGUUAUAUUGUAUCUAUUUGGCUAUACUAUACGUAAGA